AUGUUUUAUGACGCGUAUACUAACAGUCAGUAUAUUCUUUUAGUCAGACAUGGUGAAUCUGAAGGUAACUGCGAUAAGUCAGUCAAUAGACAUACACCAAACCACAAGAUAUGCCUAACGGCGCAAGGACACGAGCAGGCGAAGAAAGCAGGCUCUGUGUUAAGAGAGUUUUUAGAACAGUUUGAAGAACAUGACUCAAGAAGCGUGCUUUUCUAUACAUCCCCAUAUCUUAGAGCUCGUCAGACCUGUAAGGACAUCAUCGACGGAAUUCAGGAUUUGGAAGGUGUUCGUUUUAAUGUCAAAGAAGAGGCCAGAAUGAGAGAACAAGACUUUGGUAACUUUCAAAGCACUCCUGAGGAGAUGGAGAAGAUCUGGGCUCAAAGGGCACACUAUGGCCACUUCUUCUUCAGAAUACCUCAUGGCGAAAGUGCUGCCGAUGUCUACGAUCGUAUAGCCAGCUUUAACGAAACGCUUUUCAGGCAAUUCCAUCAAGAGAAAUUCCCCAAUGUUCUUGUGCUAGUCACGCACGGAAUUUGGGCCAGAGUGUUCUUGAUGAAAUGGUUCCGCUGGAGCUACGAAGACUUCGAGUCUUUAAGAAAUAUUCCUCACUGCCACUUCCUCAUCAUGAAGCAACAAGAGUCUGGUCGCUACUCUUUGAAGACGCCUCUUCAAACCUGGGAUGACUUGCGAGAUCUGGAUGUUGAGGAAGAGAUCAGCAAGGAAUUCACCCAGGAGGUGAGUUUCAAUUCCAUGAACAAGCUUGACAAUCCAGAUGACAUGGAUAUCCAGAGCAUUAUUAAAGCUCAGGUUGAGGCUAUAGAAGAGAACCGCCUGAAGGAUAAAAAAAUUCACGAGACUUAUAAAACUACUUUGGCUAUAAGACUUUCGCAAGAUCACCAGAGCAUACAGAACAGUAAGGAAGACAUUCUGUCCUUGUGA